AUGGAGCCUGUCUUGGCAGUCCUCGCGAACGCGGUGGCAGCUUUGCUCUCAAUUGCAGGUCCGCUUCCGGCCACUGCUCUGUCUCCUCCGCAUUUUGAAGUCCUCGAGUGCGCUACCUGCCUGGGCAUGCUGGCCCUCGCCAGGACGCAGUUUUCCAGGCAAUGCCUCGCGUGUGGCCUCAUGCGGGUGGUCGCCCUUGCUUCGGGAACUUCGGGUCAUCAGUGGGCCGCUGCUCUGGUCGGAUUGCUGGAUCUUGCCUGGACUCGGGAGCAGCUCUUCGACUUGCUCAUCAAGAGCAAGUCGCAGCUGUCCUGGGUAGUGGGGGCCAGCAAGGCGUGCCUUGUCCUGGACGUGAACGCCCGCUUGCUGGAAGUCUUGGGUCUGCUCAGUCCCGUCCCUGACCCUGGGCUGUUUGGUUGGUGUUGGCUUCGCUUUGUGCUCGUGGCCAUGACUUUGUCUACGUGGCUGAUGGCCAGGGCCAGCCCAACCUACUGCGUGAUCAUGGUGCUGUCGCUGGGAGCUGUCAUGGUGGCCUCCCAUCUGGACCCGGAAGGUCACUCGGGAGAUGGUUCGGGCCUCCAUUGGUGGAUUCUUGGUUCUGCCCUAACAGCAACUGGCUUCACGCUGCAGCCUUGGCUUCGACACGUUGCUGGCUGA